AUGACGGCUGCGGCGCCCCAGGCCAAGCUGGGCUCGGCUCAUCCGGUGACCUGGAGUCCCUCCAGCCAAGAGCUACAGUCCCUGCAGGACCUCCUUGAGCGGCUGAAGGAGAAGUUCCCGCAAGGGGAAAGGGACUCUCUGGAACUGGCAGCCUUUGACGACGGGGCAGGCCCCGCAGAGGACGGGGCUGACGUGGACCUCGCUGAUUUUGAACCCUUCCCCCCCAGCCUGCUCCAUCCUCCGGGCCCCCUUCAGCAGGCCGAGGUGGAGGAGCAGUGGAGAAAAUUCCUGGCCUCCCCAAAACGGAGGCGACAGUUCUCCGGAUGCUUUGGGACCAGACUGGAGCGAAUUGGAUCCCGGACGGGACUUGGGUGCAACUUCUUCAAAGCCCGUUCUCGGAGAAAACCCAGGAGUUGA